CACGCGCACACAAACUGACACAGAGUGUUGGCCAAUCAGAGGCAGGGUAGGAAACGGACUAACGAGAAGCUUCUUUUUACUUUCGGUUUAAUCUCGAUCCGUCUGAAAACUGACUCAGUCGUAGAAAUAGAAUCGUCUUUGAACUCUGAACUCUAAAUAAAUGUGCUGUGAUAUAUAUUUUAAAUGAUUCGAAUUUAAAUCAGGCACAGGCACGAAGAGCUGAGGAACCAUCGGUGCCUGGUGAUUUUGACGCCGGACGGAGAAGGGCGGUGCCGCGCUAACGGAGGUUCGUACUUCCACAGAAAAGAAUCUUCAUCAGCGGAAGGAGACUCAGGGAGUGCCCGCCUCACAGCUCGUUUUCUGAGGCAUAUUUGAAGUUUGAGUCGCUCCGGUUCCGAGUCGCGGACAUGGAUGGACACUCGAGUUCCGGGCCCGUCACGGUGCUGCUGCUCGCCGCCCUCACGAGCUCCGCGCUGGGCCAAGGUUCACUUUACUUCGAGGAAGGAAAACCCCUGGUCCUGACUCCUCCGAAGCACGGAACCGCCAUCACCGGCGUAGUGUGGCAGUUCAACGGGAACCUGGUGCUGGAGUGGGCGAAUAUGAAUGACAUUGUGUUCUUCGGCUCGUUUAAAGGACGGACCGAACUGGACCAGAGCACCGCACAACUGACCGUCAACAACGCCAAGCAAAGCGACGGGGGAGAUUACAAGGUGGAGAUCAACGGCGAAAUGCAGAGUCAAGUGUACACGGUUAGAGUGAUCAAGAAGGUGCCCAAGCCCAAGGUGGUGGUGAGGACCCCGUCAUGUGACCACACGUCCAGCCAAUGUACCCUCACCUGUCAGGGAGACACCUUCGUGACUCAUCCUCUCACCUACAGCUGGAGGAAGGACUCAGAUGAGUGGGGGCCGGAGCAGCAGAGCAUGGACCACAUCAUCUACAAUGACGAGAAGAUGAAAGGUGUAAAACAUAUCUCGUGCAUGAUGAAGAACUCUGUCAGCGAAGAGGAGAGCGACCCUUUUAAAAACCCAAUGUACAUCUGGCCUUGGCCCAACUGGCUGACUGCAGUUAUAAUCAUCAUCAUCAUCAUCCUUCUUUUACUCUUGCUUUUAUAUUUAUAUUGGAAGCGAGAAGCCAUCAAGAAAAGGUUAUGUGCAGAGUCAGGGCCUAUUUAGUGGAGGUCUGGAGUUCUGCUUUAAGUGAAAGAGAUGGAAGUCCAUCUGUUAAUCGACCCCUGAAUGGAAAGCCAAAUUAGAGAGAUUUACAUUCCUCAACCAAGGCCAUCAGUCUGUCUCACUAUGAAACACAGAGCAGAAGAAAAAAUGCUAGAUUAUACCCCAAAAUGAACUGAGCUCUUCUUUAAGUCGUGCCCCCGCCCUCCUCUAAACUUCACAGGACUCUGUUCAGUGGUUUCUUCGUGUUUCUGCUAAGGAGCAAACGCAGGUAAAACCACGACCUCCGUCCAGCUGAUGAAGCUCCAGCAUCACAUCUGGUCUCUGGUGCUUUGAAAAACUCAUCUAUUCAUUCCUGAAUUCUUCCUGCUGCAGAGCUCUUUUCAUUUUUUUUUUGUGAUAAAAUCAGAACCUUAGAGUUGAGGGCAGAAGCAAAAAAUUUAAAAAUCUGACUAUAUUGUGUUUUUUUUUUUUUUAAGUAACCAACUCUGUACAGGCUGUAGCUGUAUGGUAUUAAAAAUAUGAGACGGGUGAGAAAAAAUAAUUCAGUGACUGUCUCAAUUCAUAGUAUGACAGUGGUGGAAGAAAUAACGCUUUUUUUUUUUAAACCAAAGAAGUAAAAACAGUUUUGAAACAUUAUUUAACUAUUAUAUGUAAAGUCAGGGAAUCAAAAUGAACUUGAGCUGCUUUCAGACCUUCACUUAACUGCUAUUCAGAUGAAAUAUUCUGGAAGUUCUGUAUGUGAGAACAAAUGUCUGAGCCAGUGUCUCCAUGCAGCCUCUGAGUAAAAUGUAUUCAAAAAUAAUUUGGUAUGAAAUGUUGAUGUGUGAGGAAGAGUUAAUUUUAAUGACAUCACAUGCUUCAGCUUGUGAAUUCAUAUCUUAGCAGACACGUUUCCAUGGACACCCAUAUUCUGACCUUUACCAGAAUAAGACAAUCAGAAUAAGGCACUGCAUGUAAAGGGCAUGUUCUGAUGAAUUGAGCCUGAAUGAGAUCAUACUCAGACUAAUCAAUUAUCAAACUAAGAACUAUGGAGUAUUCUGCCUUUAGCCUCAUUAUGUUUAUGUGUUAAUCUCAUUAUAAUGUCCCAUUGGAGAUUUCACAGCAUUUUGUGUCAUCGACAUGCGACAGUUACCAACUGAUGACAACAUGUGUCCUGGAUUUGAGUGUAAACAAGAUUAAAAAAUAUAGAGCAUUUUAAAGUUUGUUAAAACCAGACAGAAAACUCUCAGAAGGGUAAAUUACAGAAUCGGGCAUUAAAUAAUUCCAGUGUGGAGUUUUAAAAUUCUAGUGGGAAUGUCAGACGAAUGACAUAAUGGACUCAAUCUUGACAUGUGAUAUCAUCAGUGUAACAAGUCACCAGGAUUAUGAAUGGAAUAUUAUAUUAGCAACGAGUGUCAACAUUAUAUUCAUAUUAUUGUCCUAUUCUGAAUAAGGCCAAUAGUUAAUGUUUUGUUGUUCAUGUAAACGCAAGUAGCAAUAUAAUAACUUCCUAAUUGAUAUGUUGAUGGAGUAAUCAGAUUUUUAUUGUGAUGGAAACUGGAAUGAGUAAUUCAAAGUUGACCUCCUGAGUAAAUGAUCUUCAUUACCUUCCACCGCUGCACAACUAUGACUGAACCAUGUUAAUUGAAGGUCAAAAGAGUUCCUGGCUUAUUAUAUGCAAUCUUCUGUAUGUUGUUAACUGUUUCUUCCUUUUAUCAAUUUGUAUCCUUCACUCAAGGCAGAAUAAUUGAAUGUAUUUUUUUAAACACAGCUUGUAGUGAGUCAGAAUAAUUUUCUGAUUAUUUUUCCAACAAUAUGCACGUACAGGGUCAAUGUGAAACAUUAAGACGCAUGUGUGUGAUUAAAUUCAACAACCAAGUCAUUAUCUAACUAAUACCAUGUUUUAUGCACUGACUGCUUCUGUGUAUUUAAAGUUAAUCCCUCUCUGCUCUGAAAAACAUCUUCCUCUCUUAACAAAAUGGAAAUCUGUUACGGAAACUUCCAUUUUGUCUUUGUUAUUUAUAGUUUCUCGCAUUUUAAAUGUUUGAAGCUGUAGAGUUGUGUGCCUUGAAAUUAAAUUUAUUUAGUUGAUAGUAUAAAA